AUGGCGGACGCGGCCUCCACAUCAACGCCGGCACCAGCAGCCGUAGAUGCUGCGCCCACAGAGCCUAGCACUGCACGCGAUAUCUCUCGUGAUGGCGCCAAGAUUGCCGACAUGGAAUACUACGACUUGCUCGGCGUUCGCGGUGACGCUUCAGAUCUCGACCUCAAGAAAGCGUAUCGCAAAGCUGCUAUCAAGAACCACCCAGAUAAAGGUGGAGAUGAAGAAACUUUUAAGAUGAUCGGAGAGGCUUAUCGUGUCCUCAGCGACAACCACCUCCGAGCCGACUACGACAAGUAUGGAAAGAAGAAGCCUACAGACGAAGUGGGACUCAAAGAGGCUACCGACAUGUUCGGCAGUCUGUUCGGUGGAGAACGCUUCGUGGACCUUAUCGGUGAGAUCAGUUUGAUCAAAGAUUUUGGAAAGGCAUCCGAGAUCAUGAUGACCGAGGAGGAGAAGGAAGAGCUUGAAGCGCAGAUGAAGGCCGAACAUAAGAAGGCCAACCCCACCGACACUCCUGCUGCUGUGGAUGCCACUAAGACCGACCUACCAUCGGAGGCUGCAUCUGCCGGAGAUGCUGCCGCACGCAAAGCCGCCGAGGCUGGCGCGACGUCAGAAGAGAUCGCCGAAGCCAAAAAGAAGGAAGAUGCCAAGCAGAGACAGAAGUUGACACCCGAGCAGAAGGCCAAGCUCGAGGAGCUGGAAAAGGAGAAGGAGGAAAACGAGCGUAAGCGCGUCGAAGAUCUUGCUGAGAAGCUCAAGGAGCGCAUCCGUCCGUUUGUUGAUGCACGCAAGCCUGGCGACAAAGAUGACUCGCAGACGCAGAUCUUUGAGCGCAAGAUGAAAGAGGAGGCCGAGGAUCUCAAGCUCGAAUCGUUUGGCGUCGAGCUGCUCCACGCCAUUGGUAACAUAUACGUCAUGAAGGCGACCACGUGGAUCAAGACCAAAAAGCACAGCAUGCUUGGCUUUGGCGGCUUCAUGAGCCGCAUGAAGGAGCGCGGUGCUGUCGUCAAGGAGACCUGGGGCAUGCUCGGCUCCGCACUCAACGUUAAGGCGUCUAUGGACGAGCUCGCGCGCCGCCAGGAAAAGGGAGAGAUCCCCGAGGACGAACUUCGUGCGCUCGAGCAGGACAUGAGCGGCAAGAUGCUCCUCGCCACGUGGAGAGGCACUCGCUUCGAGAUCUCUGGCAUCCUCAGACAAGUUUGCGAUAAGGUGCUCAAUGAGAAGGGGGUCAACGACAAGGUGCUCUUCAACCGAGCCCAGGCCAUCCUCUUCCUAGGUAUGAUCUACAAGUCGGUGCAGCCAGACGAGAGCGACGACGAGCGACGUGAGCUUGAGCGACUUGUUGCCGAAGCAGCAGGCAAGAACAAGAAGAAGGGCAAGAAGGACAAGAGAACCAGCACUGCCACCACGCCAUCCACGGGUGCUGCCGCUUCCGCCUCGACGUAG